UCGACGGGCCUCGGUACACGCGGACUGCCCGUAUUUCUCUUUCCUUCGGUGGAAGGAUCUCGUGCGAGCUGUCAACUGUACGUUCAGUGCUCUAUCAGCGACGUACGUAGUGGCGCGUUUGCGAAUUCUACGUAUCGCGCAAUCGCUCUUGUAAAGUUGUUUGUGUCUCGUCCGCGGAAGUUCCCCGGAUAUCCGUGACGCAGUGAUAUUCCGCGACGUCCGACAUUUCAUCGGGAUAUUUUUCACGGCGCAUUCUAUCGAUUGAUGAAAAGAGAAAUUCGUUGUAGAGCUAUUGCUAUCCGCAUAUGUAUAAUAGCGGAACUGCCGCGCGCAAUAUUGAGAGUUACGAUCGGCGGAUUUCGAUUUACGCGUGAUUUGAUUUAAGCGACUGUUGGGUGCGCAUGAUUUUCAGUCAGCGAUGUCAUCCGGGGAUUGACCGUUUGUUCUCGCGAUUGCUUUUCGAAAUUUAGCAUCGAUGCGUACAUGUGUAUAUGUGUGCGUGUAUGUGUGUACGCGUGAUUUAGCGGGCAAAUCGCUCUUUGCAUUCGGAGAAUCGGAAAGAUAGAUCGGAUAAAUUAAUCAGCAACGCGAGCUCGAGUUUCUAAAGUAGGCGUCGACAACGUUGUUACAAUUCGCUGGUAAAAAGUUCAAUCGCUUUGUUUGCGCAGAAUUUCUUGCAACAGUAAAUGAAGGACUCCCGUUACUAUUUCGCCGGUCUUUUCUGUGAUUCCGCGCGCUAAAAAAGUGCAUUCGACGAUACCGAAAGAAACCGUCGACUUUCGAGAGUGACUCUGUCGCGCCGGAUGAAAGUAAGGCCGGACGUAAGAGGAUUCGGCUUCAUCAGCGUUCAGCGCGGUGCGGCGCUCGAAGAAAGUGGAAGUUAACGAGAGUGAGAGUGUCUUUUCUCUCUCUUUUUCUCGAAAGAGAAAGAAAGCGCGAUCUCGCGUUUCACACAGCGAUUUACCGGUUACGUCGAUCGCGAAUCCAGGGACAGAUGUAAAUGAUGAUUCUCUAUACUGCGGUGGAUUUGUAACAUUAUUUUAAUAAAUGCAUAUCUGAGAAACGGUUCGAUAACAAAUCAAUUGAUUAUCCUUAAUCUCUCGAAGAGAUUCAUCGUUCAUCUUCAUAUUGAAAAAGUCAACAUGGACACGAGUACGAAUGUAACCGAUACCGUUGAAGGACCCAAAGCUCAGCUUAAGGGGCCUCAUGAUAAGAUAACCGCCGUUUUGAAAGAAGACAUUGAUAAGAAUAACGUUGCCUUACGCCGAAAGAUGAUAGCGACAAUGAAGACCGCUUGCCUGCCAAAGUUGAUAUGCGAACUCACAUCAUCCGUUCACCAAGACCAGCUAAGCGAAAUGGAGCGAUCUUUUUUGAAUCUCAUAAGAGAUACAAGUUUGAGUACGUUGGCGGAAGUGCCCUCAAGGUAUCACUUCGCGGCUCAUAUGGGUCAACUGAUUUCUGGUAUAGAAGGUCAAGGUUGUCAUAACUUUUACCCAACGUGUCCAUUUCCGGGUAUCCGCGUUCUGAACAUGAUGAAAGAGGUGCGUUUACUCUGACGAGUCGAAAUAAUCGCCGCGAUUAAUUACUGGACCUGUGAUACUGUGUGGAUAUUCUCUUCUGCUUUCGCAAGAUCAUUGAUAUCAUCGAUGAUUCAAUAGGAUGAUGUUGAUUGCAUUUUUGAUAAUUUAAAUAAUGUGCAAGCGAAAAUAAAGUCGCUCACUGAAAAAAAAAUAUUAACAUUCUGCGAUGAUAAGAAAUAAAAUCUUUUUUAAAAAUCACAAAACAAAGAUUGUUAAAAUACUAAAUUAAUGAGAUUGUAAAGAAGAUAUAUUUGAGGUAAUUAAAUGACUUCACAAUUAAUUGUGUAUAUGUGUGUGUUUGUGUGUACCGUAUGUAUGCGUGUGUGUUGAAUAAUAUUUCAAACAUUACUAUUCAAUUACUUAUUAUAUGCGAAAUUUUCUAUUUUAUUAAAUCAAUCUUUAAAAAAGAACAAAUGUAUACUUUUUAUCGCUAUUUAUUUAUAUGUUAAUAUGUAUUCAUGUGUUUUUCGUUUAUCGCUCUCACUUUCGAUAUAUGAUUAUUUUAAUUUUGCACUGUUGUAUUUUAUAUAUACAGUAUGAUUGUAUAUAUUCUUGUAUUUUUUUUAAUAAGAAAUGACAAAUAAAAAUUGUAACUGGAAAAAA